UUUGGAUCCGCCAGUCUGCUGCUAAUGGUGCUGUUCUUGCCGAUCUAAGAGAGAUGGCUACAAUGGCGAAACCCACCAUCCUCUUCUUCUUUGGCUGUUUCCUUUUCUCCACCUCCAUAGCUUUCCAAUCAGACGAGCUUCUUCUCGAUGACGACGAGUUCGGUCUCGAAGGAGCGAAACCCCGCUCCGCCGAGCCCCUCCACACCACUUCUCCGACGCCGCCGCCGACCCAGGCUCCGACCAUCCGGAGGAGGUUUUCCGAUUCCGAUUCGGACUCCAAGAUCCAGUUCACUCUCGAACAUGCUUUCGGUGACUCCGAUUUCUCUCCUGCCGGCACAUUCUCCGCGCGUCUCAAGACCUGGAGCCAUGGCGGCCAGACAUUAACAAAGCUGCGAUUCUCAAGGAAUGGUCUUUCUGAUGAAGAUAAAGAUAAAUUUAAUAAUCUGCUGAAAGGAGAUGACUUCUAUAGAAUAAGGCUUCCAUCUAAUGUGUUGAGUGCACCUGGAAGAGAGUAUGUGAUUGCAUCAGUCAAAGCUAGAUGUCUUGCACGGGAUGGUUUGGAUGAGCAUAUCGUUAUACACAUGGACGGUGUGAACAUCCUGGCAGUCAAUUAUGGUUCUCCUGGAGCAUGCCCUUAUCCCCGACAGUUGAAAUUUCCGUCGAAAUGGUCUUUCAACUCCCAUACUAUUUUGAAGAGCAGUGAGCAGGCACCAAGAACUCCAAUUUUCACCGAGGAAAUUCUAGGCGGUGAGAAAGUGGAGGGUGAAGCCGAACUGCCACCAGAGAGAUCGUUUUGGGCAAAAUACUGGAUGUACGUGAUCCCUCUCGGGCUGAUAGUGAUGAACGCUGUAACACAAGCCAUGAACAUGGCGGAAGAACCGGCGGGUGGACAGGCAGGAGGAGGGCCUCAAGGGCAACAGUCUGCAGCUGCCAUUCAACGAGGAUCCUCUAGUUCCGCUGUUAGGAGAAGAUGAUUCGGAUUCUCUUUCAAUCAUCAUAGCCAAUCAACGGAAAGAUGAGGUCAGAUGGAUCAUUCCUUUUUUUCCGUCUCUCUCGACAAAGAUUUCGGAGACCACGCAUUAUUAUUACAUGAUUCUGUCUAUCGAUCUGCUGGUGUUACGACUGUUGCAAAAUACUGGAUUGUAUAAUGUAAGAUGAUGGGAAAGGGAUACGAACACUCGUCCAUGUUUCCGGCUUUUAGGGUAUUGAACCGAAAGAAUUUACAUGUUUUGCU